AUGUCUAUAGCGUCGCUUCCCACGAGCCAGACAGCACCUGAUCCGAUGUCAGUUGACUUGACUGGCGAUAUCUUUUCUAUUGCUGGCGGAAGCGUCCCAUCGACACAUACUAGUAAUGCAAUGGAGCAGUGGCGGGAGGAGACGUUUAACCAGGCGCUCGAACAAUUCGAUUGGGUGUUUCCAGAAUCAGAUCUCAGCCUUAAUUCCUCUCAGACUCCGAGCCGCAAUGGCUUCGAUUUCUUCCAAAACCCGACCGAGGGAAUUACUCACGCCGCACAUGACAGCCACAGCACUGUCUCAGAGCCGAUGACGGAUUCCACGGGCAUGUCCCCGCAAACGCAUCCGUCGCCACAGAACUGUCAGUGCCGUGCAAACAUGAUGCUGCAUGUACCGAAGCUUGAAUGUGCUAUUCAGGAAAAACCCAAGCCGCAGCUAGACAAGAUGUUCAAGGUCACGGGCGAUGUCAUUCGCAGCUGUCAAGAGUCGACGCGCUGUGGCUGUUAUGUGGGGCCCGUAGAUCUGGUGUGCAUUAUGACCGUCUUUGAGCAAACAGCCGCCUGCUUUGACUACAUUGCAAAGUCCGGCUUUGACGGAACCGUCAAGGUGGGCAUUGGCAACUACUGUGUGUCGCUAACUGAUGACGCUUCGUUGAAGCGGAUGCUGGUUCUAGAUCUGGUCAAGCAGGCCAAUGAACUGCUGGACUCGAUCAGCGCUCUCGCACAGAACAUGUUUGUGGCACAGAGUGAGCCCGGUGUCAAAACUAUGAACCGAUCACCAGCCUGCCUGAACCAGCUUAACCUAGAUUAUGUGCGGGAAGCCAUUGCUAGCUUCAAGAAGCUUUUUCGCUUGAUCACAGAUUUCUUUGGAGAGAAGGAUUCAAAGACAUAA